AUGACAGAUGCUCAAAGAGAGGAUGAGAGAAGAAGACACAAUGAAACUCAAAGACAAAGAUAUGCAAGACGAAGGUUAGAAACGAUAGUACGAGAAUCAGAAUCUGCAGAAGGAGAACAAGGCAAUAUGAACAGAAAUAUUCGUCGAAGAACAUCUGAGGAAGUCUCUCAUUCUGAAACAGGAGGAAGGAAUCAAAUUGAUUUUGAAUCAAGUGGGAGGUAUAAUCAACCGAUAACAACAUAUAUGGAAUUGAAUCUUCUAAAUGAAAAUUCAAGGACAGUGGAACAUGUGCCUGAAACAGUUUAUCAUGCAAGUCAAAUUAAUGAACAUUUAACCGCACAAGCCAAUGCAGAAAAUAUACAAAACAUGAAUUGUGUUCUUCACAAUGAUUUCAGAAGAUUCCUGCAGUUUCGAAAUCAAUUAGAUAGCUUUAGAGUGUCGAACAUGUGCUACAUUUGUCAAGAAUGUUAUCUAGGAAUGAAAGUAUCACACAGCUUGGAAGGUCCAAUAUGUAACAGAUGUCGACAAGAAAGAGGGAAUCAUAGAUUCUCGCCUUCAAAUAAUAUGGACCCUGGACCACAACCAGAAGAGCUUACAAAUUUGACUCAAGUAGAAGAAAUGUUGAUUGCACGUGUCAGCCCCAUACUACAAGUUACACAUGCAACAGGUAGUCAAUAUAAAUAUAAAGGGCACACGAUAAGUUUCCCCCAAAAUGUAGAGCAUGUGUCGAAAAAAUUGCCACAUUUGAUAGAAAACUUACCAAUCAUCAUUGUUCGAAGGAGGGAUCAACAUGGAACAAACUAUAACUUUACAGUUAAUAGGGAUCGUGUGUACAGGGCACUCAAAUACAAAAUAGAGCAUGACAGAUUUUACUCUAAUGUUACAAUUGAUGAAAAUGCUCUCAAUCGUCUAUCAACAGAUUCUGAUGAGAAUAUUUUUAAUAAAUUGAAGACCGUGCAUAUGGAAUUUGAUUCAAAUGCAAAUGAGAUCAUAUUUGUGGGUCCAAUCAUGGAGACAGAUGAUAGUAAUAUAAUAGAGCACACAACAUCAAUGGCUUCAAGACCACCUAAUGCCCAGAGAGAAAUGGAAUUAAUCCAUGCAUGGAUUAAUAACCCUAAUUCAAAUCCUACUACACUGAUAGAUUGGCCGAGCAUUGGUGCAUCUCCAAUAAAUGAAUACAUCACAUCAGGAUUACUUGAUAUGGCAUUGUUUCCAGAUGGCCGAUGUGAUUGGUUAGAACCAAGAAUGAGGCGUGUCCACCUCCAUGAGUUUUUGAAGCAUUUGUUACACUAUAGAGAUCAUCGUUUUGGUCAGCAUCCAAGAUUCAGAUAUUUUAUGAUGAACAUGAUAAUGAGACACCGUGCACAACAUUCAUCUUCAGUAUUUGUAAAAAGAAGCUUCAGAGACAUGCCAAUAACCAUCAACGAGUUGCGUCAACAUAUGGAAAACAUGCCUCGCUCAAAUUUAGCUGAUAAAUUAAUGCGAUUUGGAACAUCGUUAAGAGGUACAAGGUCAUAUUGGGCUAAAUGUCGCACAGAAUUGACAAAUAUGCUUCAUCAGAUUGGUUCUCCUACAAUAUUUUUCACAUUAAGUGCAACAAAUAUGUAUUGGCCUGAUUUGCAUGCAUUGAUGCCAGGAACGAUGCCAACUACUCCACGAGAAGCACAAAAUUGGCGAAGACAAAAUGUUAUUAACUACCCUCAUAUAGUGGCACAUUACAUGCAUUUAAGGAAUUCUAUAUUCAGAAAAGAAAUUUUAGAAAAAUGGGUGAAUGUCAAAGACUACUGGUCUAGAUAUGAGUGGCAGCAUAGGGGGUCCCCACAUGUGCAUGGGUUCAUAUGGAUAAAUGGAGCGCCCAAUAUGGACACCAUUGACUGGUCAAAUGAAGAGGAACGAAAGAGUGUUGAACGCUUUUUUCAUUCAAUUGUUCAUGCAUGGAAUCCUAGACAAGAUCCACAUCAACGAAAUAUACAGAACGAUACACUGUCUGCAAGGAAGGUGCUUGUCUACGAAAGAAAGGAGGAACGAUGGUUUGCAGUGAUCAAAUAUAUUACAAAGUAUGCUACAAAAGCAGAGAAAGGCUCAGAAACAUACCAUCAAAUGUUGAUGUGUCUCUCCAACAUGGAAGAUCCUGAUGAUUUAGCUGCCCGAGCAUAUAGAAGGCUUCUAACUAAGACGAUGAUAGAAAGGGACAUCGGAGCACAAGAAACAUGUCACAUGCUAUUAGAACUUCCAUUGGUAGAAAGCAGUAGAAAGUUUGUUAACCUAAAUGUCUCACGUGAAGUGUUCAAGCUGGUGACUAUAACCGAUGAAGAAAGCAAUGAAGAACAGACAAAGUCUUUCAUAGCCGGAUACAGAACAAGGCCAUUGUGUAUGUAA